AUGGCCAAUGUGGAAAAUGCUCAGCCUCCACAGCUGGAAAAUCAACAACGAGGAAACCUUCAAGCGCCAGUCUUUGGGAAUUUUCAAGGAGGGAACCAGCAAUGGAGCUAUGAUCAGGGACUCGAAUCAAGGAGUACACAAUUCGGAAAUCAACAAGGUGGUAAUAUCCAAAUACCACAAUCUAUACAUCUUCAAAAUGGAAGCUCCUUUCCGGUCAACUUUCAAAAUGUAUGUUUGUCUGGCGGAUAUAUACCAAACAUUCAAGGGGGAAAUACACAAUGUGGGAACUACCAAAUACAACCAUGCAUGCCACAUAUAGAGUUUCCCCAGCUUGGGAAUCCAUAUAUGGGAUAUGUAGUACCAUUUCCACAUUAUCAUGCAAUUCGUAAUCAAGGUGGAAAUGUUCAAGGAGCCAAUACACAAGGAGGAAAUACCCAAGGCAUCAACACACAAGGAGGCUAUAUCCAAGGUGGAAACCUUCUAGAAAGAAAUGCACAAGGAGGAAAUGCUCAAGGUGGCAAUCCACAAGGAAGAAAUGCUCAAGGUGACAAUGCUCAAGCUGGCAAUGCUCAAUGUGGUAAUGCCCAAGGGUUUUAUGGGCCAUAUAGUAAUAUACAAGCCAAUACACAAGGAGGAAAUACCCAAGGCAUCAACACACAAGGAGGCUAUAUUCAAGGUGGAAACCUUCUAGAAAGAAAUGCACAAGGAGGAAAUGCACAAGGAGGAAAUGCUCAAGGUGGCAAUCCACAAGGAGGAAAUGCUCAAGGUGACAAUGCUCAAGUUGGCAAUGCUCAAUGUGGUAAUGCCCAAGGGUUUUAUGGGCCAUAUAGUAAUAUACAAGGAGGAAACGCACAAGGUGGAAAUGCACAAGGUGGAAAUGCUCAAGGUGGCAAUGCACAAGGAGGAAAUGCACAAGGAGGAAAUGCUCAAGGUGGUAAUGCUCAAGGUGGUAAUAUUCAAGGAGGAAAUGCUCAAGGUGGGAAUGCUCAAGGGGGAAAUGCUCAAGGUGGGAAUGCUCAAGGAGGAAAUGCUCAAGGUGGCAAUGCGCAAGGGGGAAAUGCUCAAGGUGGCAAUGCACAAGGAGGAAAUGGACAAGGAGGAAAUGUUCAAGGUAGCAAUGCGCAAAGAGGAAAUGCUCAAGGUGGUAAUGCUCAAGGAGGAAAUGCUCAAGGUGUUAAUGCUCAAGGAGGAAAUGCUCAAGGUGGUAAUGCUCAAGGGGGAAAUGCUCAAGGAGGAAAUGCUCAAGGUGGUAAUGCUCAAGGGCGAAAUGCUCAAGGAGGUAAUGCUCAAGGUGGUAAUGCUCAAGGGGGAAAUGCUCAAGGAGGUAAUGCUCAAGGGGGAAAUGCUCAAGGUGGGAAUGCUCAAGGAGGAAAUGUGCAAGGUGGCAAUGUGCAAGGAGGAAAUGCUCAAGUUUGCAAUGCCCAAGAGUUUUAUGGGGCAUAUAGUCAUAUACAAGGAGGCAAUUCUCAAGGUGGUAAUGCACAAGGUGAAAAUGCUCAAGGUGACAAUGCACAAGGAGGAAAUGCUCAAGGUCACAGUGCUCAGGGAGUAUGUGCUCAAGGUGGGAAUGCACAAAGUGAAAAUGCUCAAGGUGGCUAUGCUCAAGAUGGCAAUGCGCAAGGAGGAAAUGCUCAAGGCGGCAAUGCGCAAGGCAGAAAUGCUCAAGUUAACAAUAAUGCGCAAGGAAGAAAUGUUCAAGGUGUCAAUGUUCAAGGUUGCAAUGCCCAAAACUUUUAUGGGUCAUAUAGUAAUGUACAAGGAAGCAAUGCUCAAGAUGGUAAUGCACAAAAUAGAAAUACUCAAGGUGGCAAUACGCACGGAGGAAAUUCACAACAAGGAAAUAUCCAAGAUGAUAAUAUUCAAAGCGGCGGCAAUGUUCACAAUGAAAAUAUGCCAAACAUUGCAUAUUGUACUUGUGCACAUCUACCAGAAUUUACGUAUACCUCUCAGGAGGAUGUUGGAAUAAGGGCUUUUGAUGCCAUUGGUACCUUUUUGGCAGAUUUAAGGAAACUGGGUCAUAUGGAGGCUUUCUGUGACUUGCGGCUGAGGUUGAAGAAAGAAAAUAUCAAGUUUGGUUGGGGUGAUUUCCUCAUACCACCUGUUCAUUGGAACCAGAGACCAACAAGUCUGUGA